UCCGCCGAGGCCCGCGGGAACGGCGCGUGAGAGCGAGCGGGGAGCGCGGCUGUAACGGGGCAGCUGAUUGGUGGGGCUGGCACAAGCAGGAGGGAACUGAUUGGCAGGGCGGGUCCUGGUCUUCCCCGUGCUGCCCACGUGUUUGUGCCCGGGUGCCAGGGCGGGGCCAGGGCAGGGCCUCGGCGGUGCUGGCAGCAGGACGGGACAGUGCGGGCAGCCAUGGGCGCUGGGACGGAGCCGGCAGAGGCGCGUUGUGACCCGUCUGAGGGGAGGGUGUACCUGGACUACAACGCCACCACCCCGCUGGCCCCCGAGGCAGCCCAGGCCGUGCAGGAUGCCCUGAGCCAGGCUUGGGGCAACCCCAGCAGCGCUCACCCUGCAGGCAGGAAGGCCAAGGAGCUGAUUGGCAGAGCCAGGGAGAGCCUGGCACAGAUGGUGGGGGCCCGGCCUGAGGACAUCGUGUUCACCUCGGGGGGCACGGAGGCCAACAACAUGGUGAUCCACACUGCCCGCAGGCACUUCCUCGAGAGCCAGCCCGGGGACAGCCCGGGGACACCGCACAUCGUGACAUCCAGUGUGGAGCACGACUCCAUCCGCCUGCCCCUGGAGCAGCUGGGCAAGGACAGCCUGGCAGAAGCCACCUUUGUGCCCGUGUCCCCGCAGAGCGGGCGGGCCGAGGUGGACGAUGUCCUCGCUGCCAUCCGGCCCAACACCUGCCUGGUGUCCCUCAUGUUGGCCAACAACGAGACCGGCGUCAUCAUGCCCGUGGCGGAGCUGAGCCAGCGCGUCAGAGCCCUCAACCAGCGCAGGGCGGGGCAGGGGCUGCCCCGGGUGCUGCUGCACACGGACGCGGCCCAGAUGAUCGGCAAGGGGCGUGUGGACGUGCAGGAGCUGGGCGUGGACUAUCUCACCAUCGUGGGGCACAAGUUCUAUGGCCCCCGCAUCGGUGCCCUGUACGUGCGCGGCCCCGGCAGCACGGCCCCCCUGCACCCCCUGCUCUUCGGGGGGGGACAGGAGAGGAGCUUCCGCCCAGGCACCGAGAACACCCCGAUGAUCGCUGGCCUGGGCCAGGCUGCAGAGUUGGUGAGCAAGAACUGGGAGGCCUACGAGGCUCAUAUGCGGGAUGUCCGGGAUUACCUGGAGGCCAGGCUGGAGGCCUCCUUUGGGAAGGAGAAGAUCCACUUCAACAGUCGCUUUAAGGGCUCCAAGCGACUCUGCAACACCUCUAACUUCUCCAUCCUGGGACCAGGCCUCCAAGGGCACAGGGUGCUGGCUCACUGCAAGGUGCUGCUGGCCAGCGUGGGGGCCGCCUGCCACUCGGACAAGGGGGAGCGGCCCUCCCCGAUCCUGCUGGGCUGUGGGAUCCCCCCCGCCGUGGCCCAGAACGCCCUGCGGCUCAGCGUGGGCCGGCACACCUCGCGGGCAGACGUGGACCUGGCGGUGCAGGACCUGCUGCAGGCGGUGGCACAGCUGGAGCAGCACCACGCUCCGUAGCCCUGGGCACCCUCCCGGCCAUCACCCAGUGGGCACAACUCCUCCUGCCAGCUCCUCCUGCUCUUCAAGGAAACAGUGGUCGGGGCAGCUGUCACUGUGCCAGUGCCUGAGGAAGCCUGUCCCCCUGGCACCGGGGGUCAGCGACGUGGGAGGACGUGGGUGUCACACAGACCUGGGCUGGCUGGGGUCAGGGAACCUGCUCUCCGGGGUAUUCAUAGGAAUAAAAGUAAUUGCUGCUGCUGUGGCUUUUUCCAAGUAAAA